CACGCCCGGCCUUUUCCAGGCUCUGGAUCGCGCAGAGGCAGGGGCGGUGGGAACGUGGGUUCUUGGGGCUGCGUCUGCGGCCCGCCCGGGCCCAACUCCCGCCGGAAGUGAGGACGAGGCCCACUCCGUGCGACCACUGUGAAGACACAGGUCACAAUGGCUGUUCCACCCGAGCCAGACCCCGCAGGAGGCGCCUGGGGGAGGCCCUGCCCCCGCCUCCUCCUGGCAACCAGGCCUCACCAUGAGGGUUCCUCGGGAUAGGAGCCCGGCCUCUCAGAGCUCGGAACCCGAGGCUGCCGAGACACCGUUGCUAGGACAAAAGCCCUCCAGGGUCCAAGGAUGGAACAAGCCCCAGGUUUCCCAAGGAAUUUGCCAAAGACAAGCAAUGACUCCCCCACAAAAGAUACUCAUUAUCCUCAUCGCGUUUAUCCUCCACCUCCUCCUCCGAGAGGUCAAGGCUCCGCCCCGGGGCACUUGGGAGCCUCACAGGCUGUCUCCACAGAGAUGUACACCAGAGUGCCUAGGGCGAGGACGGCCCUGCCGAUACAGACCAUCUGCCCCUACUGCGGGAACACCGUCAUCACGGUGACCUCACACGUGCCAGGAGUCCUCACCUGGCUGCUGUGUGCGGGCAUCUUCAUGUUAGGGUGCACGCUGGGCUGCUGCUUCAUCCCCUUCUGCAUCCGGGGCCUGAUGGACGUGAAGCACUCGUGCCCCGUGUGCCAGCACCAGCUCUUCCACCACCAACGCCUGUGAGCCGCCCGAAAUAAACGCCGGCGCCACCA